UCCUAUUGAAAAGACUGUUGCGCGUUUCUCGUUUGUUCUCAAUGGAAUUAACAUCAAUUGACUCCGUAAGAAAUAUUUAAGUUUAAUUCUACUUUCGAGAAAAAAAAAAAUAAAUAAAUAAAUAAAUAAAUAAAUAAAAUAAAAAAAAAAAUAAAUAAAUAAACUGUGAAAAGCCUAAAGUGCUAUCGAGACGAGCAUAUAAACAAGCUUUUGUUUCCUAAUUGCAUAAUUAUGGAUCUUUACGGUGUCACAGACGCCAAAAGGGCCGCUUCUUUUUGAGACAGACAGUAGCAUUUUCGAAGUAACUUGGAGGGAGCUUGGAACUUGAAUGAUUUAAAACUUCAUGGAUUUAUGUUGACGUAAAAAAAAUCAUAUUAUAAGUAAUUCCAAGAUGCCGAAGUCACGUACAGUUUCACGAUCAAUUACAAGUAAUAGACCGCUUCAUAUGACUUUGAACUUGGAAUGUAUGGAAGAACCACUCAGUGAAUCUCAAUUAAAACAAAGAGAAAAAUUACAAGAAGACUGCAAUAAGGUUGCAACUACAUUGGAACAGCUAGUUAUGGAUCAUGGUGGAAAAAUGGUAUGUCAAUCUGGAACUGUCAAUGGAUAUCAAUAUACACUUCCUCCUAAUACGUCCCAACCAAUUGUAAAGAAUACACAACCUUUGUUAAAUGUUAAUCAGAAUAAAAGCCAGCAAAUAAAACUUAAUAUGGUAAAUAAUACGAAUGGAACCCAAGGGAAUAUACAACUUGUUGUGGAUCCAAGAGUUGGAGUUAUUCUAGGAUCUGUUAAUCAACAACAAGGUAGCAAUACAACAACAACAACAGCUUCACCAACAUCUGUGUCAGCACAGUCUCAAUCAGAAAAUUAUAAAUAUACUAGAUCAGGACGUCGAACGAAAGUUCUACAGGUACAGCAACAACCUGAUAUCAUAGAGGAGCCUGCACCACUUCCUGCUCGUGGUCGACCUAAAUCUAACACAACAACUCAUGUUGUUACUUCAACUACUACUACUCCACAAGGUGUUACAAAUCUAAGAAUAAAAACCGUGAACAAAUCUCAAGGAAAUCAAACGACAUUAAGAUCUAAACCUACAGAACAGACUAGUAUAGGUGGCAUAUCAGUUGGAAUAAAAAAUACAGCUUGUGAGCAAAUCGACGAAUCAAAAAAGAAUCUUCCCGAUGGUAGAGAAAUUACGUUUAAUAAAAUGAACGGAGGUAGAACUUUUCCUUCGUUAGUUGUUGUGGCAAGACCAAAUCUUCGUACAAAAGAAAUAAUACCACAAGUAGCGCUAAAGGAAAGAUCAGAGCUAGAUAUCAAAGUAAAAGGUGUACUUAUGUAUUCUCCUACAAAAUUUGCUGAAUGGUUAAUCCAACAAGGUCUAGUUAGAUCGGAACAAUAUUGCAUAUUGCAUAGUACAACUUAUCAAAGAGUAAAACUUAAACUAGGAAUGUACAGCGAUCAAGGUACAUUCCCAUAUUCCGGAGGAUACGUUUGGAUCUCUAAUUGUUGCCCAGAUCGCUUUAUCUCUAUCUUUUCUGGUUCAAUUUUCCAAGGAGCACCAUAUACUCCUACUGUACUUUUAAAACUUAUUUAUCAUUGGGCAUGUCAAACCAAUGUACAAAAUGUAGUUUCUUGGGUUAAAGUUUCAAAUAUAUACGUAAAAAAUUUUUAUACGAAUUUACGUAGUGCGUGUACAGCUGCUAUAUGGGAUAAAAGUCGAAGAAUGGGUGGAAAAAAUUCUAUGAUACAAGUUGGUGUUAUCAGUUUAGGUACCACUUCGCAAGAUGGCAAUUUACGUCAGGUAAAAGUUGAAGUUCUUGGCGUUUUGGACAUGGCGACGUUAGAUUUAAGAUUACGUGCUUGUGAUCCGGUACAAGAUGGAGAAAGGUCUUACAAGCGAAGAUUUAAUAAUAUCCUUCAUCCAUUGAAAGACUGGGUCCAUACGGAUUCUAAAAUUAUGACUGACUUUACGGUUGACAAAAGUACUCUGCAAGAGCUUGGUUUUGCUAAUGUAACGCAGUCAGCAUUUUGCGAUCAAAAUCCUAGAAAUUUCAUGAGCAAUUAUCACGUAAUGGAAUAUUUACGAAAAAUAGUUCCAAGAAUGUUUCAAAAUACAUUGAGUUUACUUAGUAGACAAAUGAUACAACAAUUUUUGGAUGAACUUGUUUGGAGAGAAAUGUACGGUGCUACUGCGGCACGUGCAUUUGACAAUAUCAUCCUUCAUAUAUCUGAACAAACGAAAAUAGAUUCUAGUGAUUGCAUGUUAGAACGUCUUGCAAAAAUUGCAGCUAAUCCAUUUCAAGAUUGGUCUUAUUCAAAAACAAAUCCUCCUCCGUUAACCCCCAUGAUAAUGUCGAAAGAUCAGCCACAGGCAAAUCCUGAAAUAAUAGUUCAAAAUAUCAAACAAUCAGAAUCUCAUUUAAUAAAACCUGGUCCAAAACGAGGAAGGAAAAGAGUUCUAUCUACACGACCUAGUCCAGAGCCGGAAGUAAAGAAAAAUACUUCUGAUACGAAAAUUAUUAAGGAAAAAGAAAGGGAAAAUAAAACUGAACAAAUUCAACUUCAAAAAUGUUAUUAUGCGACGAUGGAUGGUGAUAAAACUUUAUUGUUAAAAGAGAAUAAAUCUUCGUUAUAUUUUAAGUGCUUCCUUUGCACUGCUGUAAUGCGGUCUAAUACUGAAAUAAUGGAACAUAUGAUCAGUCAUGUACCACCCCAAGUCCCUGAUCAAUCAGAAUUUCCUGUAUGCCGUUAUUGUUGUACAGCUUUUUCUUCUACACAUCAAGUAGUUACACAUAUUUCAGAAGCUCAUAGUACAUUUGGUAAUUCUGACGGUGACAUGGUUGUUUGUGCCAUAUGUGAACAAAAAUUUGGAAAUAGCAAUUUAUUGAUUAAUCAUUUAACGGCGAUGCAUUGUCCUUCGGAGAUGCCGUAUCAAUGCGAUAACUGUGGUUAUCGAACAUCUAGUCACAAAGAUGUCAUAGAUCAUUAUUAUCAAGUUCAUGAGAAGGGUGAAGGUUUACAAUGUCCUUAUUGUUUAAAGAUUAUAGAAUUUAUUGUCGAAGGACAAACGAAUGCGUCUAGUAUACAUUCAUUCUUUCUCCAUAUGCAAAGACACAUUGUAAGGAGAGAACAAGGCCGUGGAAAUAAGUGUCCAAGAUGUUGUUUAUGGUUUAAUCAAAAAAGUUCAUUGAAAAUUCAUCAAAGAGAAUUACACGACUCUGUUACCAAUUCAAAAGUUAUAUCAUAUUCUACAAAGGAAAAUGAAAUAAUGAUACCGAAACAGCGACCUCUGAUAAGACGAUUUGACGUAGAAAGUCCAGUCGCUGAAUUACCAAAAGAUGAAUAUGUCAAAAAAUGGAGUACAGGACCAAUUUUAGUAAAUGCUUCUACAAGUCACUUACCGUGUCAAGAAUGCGAAGAAGAUAUUGACGAACAAGAUCAUUAUCCCGGAGAGCAAAGAUGUCAACAGUGUCGUUACGUAACGUGUUGUUGGCGCGCAUUUAAAGAACAUUUACAACAAAUUCAUAACGAAAGGCCAAAGACCAGUUCAGUUGUUCCAUCACCGCUUAUAAAUAUCCCAUUAGAAAAAAAAAUGCAAUGUCGGUGUGGUUAUACGACAAAUGAUGGCAAUCAAUUGGCUGCACAUUUGAUUAAAUGUAAUAAAAUGACGGCUUACCCUAUUGAAGAAUCAGUACCAUCUGGUGGUAUGUUAGAUAGCUUAGGUCUCGUUCCUAAAAAUGCAUCUGAUACUCCAAGUAUUAAAUAAUUUGAAAUUUUAUUAUGGAAAGAAAGAAAACUCGUUGGAAAAGAAAGGAAAUGUGAGAGUGAAAAAAUAUAAUUGUGAUUGUAUAAAGUAUGAAAGAGAUACAAACGCGUGUUAAUCAUUCUGAUUUACAGGAUUUGUAGACAAUUAUUGUAAAUGAUUAAUUUUUGUUAACGAAAGUAUAUACAAAGGUAUGCUUCAAUUUUCAAAUAAACAAAACAAAUUUUUUCUUAA